GGUGGUAUCAUUGUGGUAUUGCGCUGUAGGUACAUACAUUUGUAGUUGCUGGCUAAGCCAUAAUUUGACGUCAUUUUGACGAACGUAUGUGUGGAUUUAUAAAAUGUCCACACUGUUACCCAGCAAUAAGUAUAACAGUGACCACAUACAAAAUAACGUUUUAGUACAUAAAAGUAAAAUUGGAAUUUUAUAUAAGGAUGUGUGUUAUUUCUGUUACACGUUGUAUAUACACAUUAUUUUUUGGUUGGAUUAAGGCCAUCUCCUUUACUAUUUCAGACGUUCACACACUCUAUAGAGAUAAGCUCCCAGAAGUUGAUGGCGGAGAAGCAGAAGAGCGACCUGCUUCUAUCCAGGAUGUUGCCGCUGCCGGUGCUGAGAAGGCUGCGAGCUCAGCGCACUGUCCCCGCGGAGUCUUUCGAUGCUGUCACCAUAUUUUUCAGCGACAUCGUGGGUUUCACCACCAUAUCAGCGAACAGCACACCCAUGGAAGUCAUCAAUAUGCUCAACAUGUUAUACAGAUUGUUUGACGAGAAAAUUCAAGAGUACAAUGUUUAUAAAGUGGAAACCAUCGGCGAUGCAUACAUGGUUGUGUCUGGUCUGCCGCAAAGAAACGGUAAUAGGCACGCUUCAGAAAUAGCUGAUAUGUCGUUAUCGCUGUUAAGCAGCCUAGAAGGGGCUAGUGUUCCCCAUUUCCCUAAGGAACCUUUACGUAUCAGAGCGGGGGUCAACACGGGGCCGUGCGUCGCGGGGGUCGUGGGAACCACUAUGCCGCGGUAUACACUCUUUGGGGAUACGAUUAACACUGCCAGCAGGAUGGAGUCUACUGGUGAAGCUAUGAAAAUUCACAUAUCAGAAACGACGAAGAAGGCAUUAGAUGAAUUUGGAAACUAUGAAGUAGAGUCCAGAGGAUUCAUAGAAAUACCGGUAAUGUAUAAUAUAUCUUUAACUAGUUAUCUUCCCGCGACUUUGCUCACGUAAAUUGUAGCCUAUAGCAUCCGCGUAUAAGCUCCAUGAAGGUAUAACUAAUAAAAACAAAUUCCAAUUUUUUCUUACUUUUCUGGAGUUUCACAAAAUCAUACCAAUAAUAUUGUUUAUUACAACUUACAUAAUGUUUUGAGAAGCAGGUUUAUUGUCAAAUAA